UAAAAAUAGAUUUGUUUUCUUUGUUUAGGAAGAAUUCAUGAAAACUAAAAUUUUAAUUUCAAAAUAACUCAAUUAGUUGAAUUCUUAUCAAAAAAGAUAAAUUAUCAGUAAUGGAUUAUGAAGAAGAAGAGAGUAAUAUUAUAGUUCCACAACAAAAUUUAAAUGUGAUAAAUGAUCAGAAUACCGUCGCAAAUCAUUCAAGAGCAAAUGAAGAAUUGUUAGAACGCUUUAGUGAUGAGAAAAUUUUAAGCCGGAAAGAUAUUAAAUCAAAGAAAGAAGAAAAAAGAGAAGCUAAACGAAAGAGGAAAAAACUAUUAAAAAAGCGUGCUAAACUAAAUGAAAAAAUGAGUUUGAAAAUGGUAAUAAAAGAUGAAAAAUGUUCCCACAGUCGAAUUGAAGACGAUCCGAAUUUUCUGACAGAAAAUGUUAGAAUAAAAAAGGAUCAUGAUACGGUGCUAAAUGAAACUGAAAAUGAAGAAAUUGAAGAGCAAUAUUAUAACACUGAAGUUCUUCCAAAAUAUAAAAAGUAUAGAAAAGAAGAGGCACAUUUAAGUAAAGAGACUUUUGUAAAUGAAACAACAGAUAAUACAAAUGAAAAAGAAUUGGAAUCAUCAGAUGAAAAUAAUUGUGAAAAGGUUAAUGCUGAUAUUGAAUCUGAUGAUGAAGAUUAUGAUCAACAAGGUGAGGGUGUAUUAAAAGAUUUCGUUAAACAGCUUGUUUCUAAUAUGAAAACAAAACAUGACGAAGUUGAUAAAUACUUUUUGGUUCUUGCAUCAACAAUAAAAAAAUGUAAUUUAUCUAAAUUAGAAUUGACACAAUUACAGUGUAAUUUAUUAACAUAUUUAAAAGAUGAGCUAAUCAAAAUGGGGAAAAUGUAAAAAAAAAAACAUAAAAUGUGCUGAUAUACAUAGAAUUGUAAUAUUGUAGAAUUUUAAUGAUUAAAUAGUAUAAUAAGAGUACUUUUAAUUAAUAAGUAUUAUAAUAAAUAAAAAUCAAUACUAUUAAUAUACUUACUGUCGUUUAUUUUGAAAUAAAC